AUGCAUAACGUGGUGCCUUCGGAAUUGUUGAUUACACUGGCAGAAAGCGGUUCCAGCAUGGAUGACACUUCCGGUUUGGGAGGAAGAAGUUUUAGCCCCGAUGUCGCGUCAAAUGUUUCCAUGAUAACAACGCCAGAAUCUGAUGCUUUCGCGAGAGACGAGGGUGACAUCGUUAGCCCAGCAAGACUUGAACAGGAAGUAGAAGGUUCAGAACAUGAACUCUGUGGACUUGGUCAACAAGAGAAGACAGAUCGCAGUUUUUCAGAAUUAUCAAUAGGAGCAGCAUGGCAAGAUGAUAUAGGGGAAAUACAAAAUGAGACUUGGGCAACAUCACAAAAUGAGGCAGGAGUAGCACAAGAUGGGGUCGGAACAACAACAGAUCAAGCAGGGGCAAUACAAGAUGAGCCCUGGGCAACACGAGAGGAAACAGAAGCAGUACCGCAAGAAGAAACAGGAGUAGCACAAGAUGGAGUCGGAACAACAAAAGAUGAAGCAGGAGCAACACCAGAUGAGACCGGGGCAAUACGAGAGGAAAUAGAAGCAACACCACAAGAUGAAAGUGACGAUAACAACAAAAUCAAGCCAGUAUCGCCAGAUUUUAAAAUAGAAGAUAGGCCACAGUCACAAAAGUCUCUAACUGGUACAGACAGAAAAUCAGCUCAACAGGAAGAGCUGACUCAAGAUGUAUUGUCUGGAAACCAUAGUUCAACAGAGACACUGUCCACUUCCAGACAAAGCCAAGGUGAAGACGUUACUUCUAUCAGGUCCGCAGAUGGGUCAAGCCUGAACGCAUCCGACAGUCAGUACCACACAAGAUCAGGAAGCCCAGCUGGAUGUUGUUGUGAACAACCAGGCGAACUGGCCAAGGACGAGCUGGACGCUGAAAGUGGCAAUGUUGAAGUUGUUGCCACGUCUAUCGUUAUAGAGACAGCCCAAUCACCUGCCAGUUUGGAGCCACGUAGCGAAAGCAGAUUGAGUUCCCAAGAUGAGCCAAAUGUAGACAAAGUGGGAGAUGCACAAUUAAACAACGAAGAACUGGGAGGAGUAGAAAACACAAUACCGGGACAGUGUUGCCAACAAGAGGCUGUGGAUGACGUCCUUCGUAUUCAGAGUCCAGAGGAGGCAAAACAACUCAAGGCAGAAAUCACCUCCCUGCAAACAAGACUGCAGACGUUAACUAAAGACAACAGCGAGAAAGGAAUGAGAAUUGUUGCCCUGGAAUCAAACCUUCUGGAAAUGACAGCCAAGCUUCUCGACGCCGAGAAGAAAUACGUGCCCGUAGAAGUAUCUCCUAGCAAACGGGAAACAAGCAAGUCACGAACGUGCGCUAUUUUGUAA